AUGCAACUGGUCUCCCGAUGCUCAUCGACCCACGACCACCGUCAGCUAUGGAAGAGAAAGGCAGGCCGCUCUGAGACGGAUAGUCAAGCCUCCUACAUCGUUCUAGCGAGUCCCCGAUCGACACAGAAACUCGUCGGCCGGUCCGUAGCACUCACGACUUCUCUUGUGGCCCUCAUUGGACGGUCCGCUACCCUGACGACUUCUGAGGUAGCCCUCGUUGGACGGCCCGCCACCCUCUCGACUUCUCUUGUGGCCCUCGUUGGAAGGUCCGCCGCCCUCGCAACGCCCGAGGUGGCCUCUGUUCCGCCGCCGUCUCGUCUCGUCAUGGCCGCAACAGCCUUCUUGGCCGACACCUGCUCGUGGUCGUCCCUUGCCGUCACCCUCUUGGCCGCACCUUUACUCUAUCUGCUCACCAACGAGAUCGUCCGGCGCAAGGCCAGGAUCGGCGGCAUCCAAGGGCCCGCCGGGUUGCCUCUCAUCGGCAACCUCUGGGAUAUCCGCGUCAACGCGGCGGAGAAAUACCGAGACUGGGCGAGGACGUUCGGCGACGUGUACCAGAUCCAGCUCGGGAACGUCCCCAUCGUCGUCGUCAACUCGUCGGCCGCCGCGAGGGCCAUCUUCGGCCACAACGCGUCGGCCAUGAGCUCGAGACCCGAGUUCUACACCUUUCACAAGGCAUGCCCCACCUCUCAACCGAGCCCCCCCCCCCCCCCUCGCCGCCCGACGCACCUCGGAAUCGUGCUGACCGGACCGAAGGUCCUGAGCGACACGGCGGGCACGACCAUCGGCACCUCGCCCUACGGCGACUCGCUCAAGCGCCGGCGCAAGGGCGCUGCCUCGGCGCUGAACAAGCCGUCAGUGCAGACGUAUGUCGCUCACCUCGACAUCGAGACGCGCGACUUCAUCCGGGAGCUCUACUCGUACGGCCGGGCCGGCCGGGUGCCGACGGAUCCGAUGCCCAUGAUCCAGCGCCUCUCGCUCUCGCUAGCCCUUACCCUCAACUGGGGCGUGCGGCUCCGGAGCCAGGAGGACGAGCUGUUCGACGAAAUCACCCACGUCGAGGAGGAGAUCAGCCGGUUCCGGUCGACGACUGGAAACCUGCAGGACUACAUCCCGCUGCUGCGCCUCAACCCCUUCAACCGGCACUCGUCCAAGGCGCGCGAGAUGCGUAACCGGCGUGACGCCUACCUCGGAAGGCUCAACCGCGGCCUCGACGAGCGCAUCGCCGACGGCACCUACAAGCCGUGCAUCCAGGCCAACGUCAUCUUGGACGACGAGGCGAAGCUGACCGAGGACGAGCUGACGUCCAUCAGCCUGACCAUGCUCUCGGGCGGUCUCGACACGGUGACGACGCAGGUCGCCUGGUUCGUCGCCUUCCUGUCGCGGCACCCCGAGGUGCAGGAGAGGGCCGCGGCCGAGAUUGCACGCUUCUACGGCCCCGACGAGCCCAUGUGCGAGGCGAGCGACGACCAGCGGUGCCCGUACGUCGUCGCCCUCGUCAAGGAGUCGCUGCGGUACUUUACCGUCCUGCGCCUCGCGCUGCCGAGGGCCUCGACCAAGGACGUCGCCUACGGGGACGUGGUCAUCCCGGCCGGGUCCGUCGUCUUCCUCAACGCCUGGGCCUGCAACAUGGAUGCCGACCUGUGGCCGGACCCCGAAGUCUUCCGACCCGAGCGUUGGUCGGAGCAGCCCGACGCCCCUCUGUUCACCUACGGCGUCGGCUACCGCAUGUGCGCCGGCUGGCAGCUGGCGAACCGCGAGCUCUACCUCGUCUACAUGCGCCUGCUCAACAGCUUCCGAGUCGAGAGCCACGACGCCGUCGACUGCCACCCCGUCAGCGGCAACGCCGACCCGAGGAGCCUCGUCGCCAUGCCGCGGCGGUACCGGGUGCGCUUCGUGCCUCGCGACGCCGAGGCGCUGGCCGAGGCGAUGCGGGAGACGGCCAGGAUGGACGAGGCCGAUGCGUAG